AUGUCGGAGCCGAAACAGGUGAGUCUCCCAGUGUUUUUUCCUCAAACUUCAGGAUUUUCAGCCUUCGUUCUUAUGUUUCUCGAAUGGUCGAACUGCUUUGAUGCGAUUAUCAUUGGUGUCCAUGCUUGGCAGUGUUAUUUCGCCAAUUCAACAUCGUAAUCUAUAUUUAAUACCGUUUUGUGGGCUAUCAGUUAUAAUUGAGAUAUAUUUUUACUACGCAUUCAAAUCAAUGAGAUCUGAACGGUUAAAGUAUGCAAACUGGAUCAUGGUUAGCUAUUACUUCUCUUUUCAAGAUCUUUUCAAAUAUUAAUAUUCCAGAGCUUCUCUUUGGCUAUAAGCGUUAUUGUGAUGUUGGUCGCCCCAAUCUAUAUCGCAGUUGAAUUCGCCGCCGGUUACAGCAGAGGCUCAUUUCUCGAAGCCGCUCUUGGAUCUACUCUCUCUUCGGAUGCUACAACGCGAAAAAUUUUUGCCUUCAGUUUUGCAUAUCUUCUAGAGGCUGCGCUAUUUUUCAGCGUCUUGUGUAAGCAGAUUCCAUUAAAAAUUGAUUUAAAAAAAAAAUAAAAUUGCAGUUUCCUGGUAUCGUAUCUCAAUUGUUCGUCAACUUUUGGAAAUCGCAAAAUAUCGAGAGAACGUAAAUAUUAGCAACAUUCCGAAGGCUUAA